AUGGUCAAGAACCCGGUCACCAGGCAGGCUCAUCGGGGCGAGCGGGAGUGGCUGCGAAUCAGAGCGCCGCCUAAGAGGAAGAGAUCCAGGAAGGAGAGCUACUCCAUCUACAUCUACAAGGUGAUGAAGCAGGUCCACCCGGACACCGGAAUCUCCUCCAAGGCCAUGAGCAUCAUGAGCUCGUUCGUCAACAACAUCUUCGAGCGCAUCGCGGGCGAGGCUUCACGCCUGGCCCAUUACAACAAGCUGCAGACCAUCAGCCCCCAGGAGAUCCAGACCGCCAUGCGCCUGCUGCUGCCCGGGGAACUGGCCAAGCACACCGUGUUGGAGGGCACCAAGGCGGUGACCAAGUACACCAGCUCCAAGUGA